UUUCUCAGGCAUAUUGAAUAAUACUGUUCUCAAUUUUGUUUCCAAUCAAAUUACCGGUGAAUUUAUUCACCGGUGAAAAUAUUCACCGGUGAAUAAAUUCACCGAUGCGAAUUUUGACGGCUUCCCUAAGGAGAACGUCCUUUUAUUUUGAUCGAUAUUCAGGAGUGUUUUGAAUGUGUGUGUCUAAUGCACUACCAUUGUUACGCAUGAGAUAUGGACAUCGAGCAUUAUGUUUACUUUUACCAGUCAUGUCAUGAAAACAAGAGAAUUGUAUAACAGUUACUCUAAGGUUACACCACGCAAAUCUUUAAUCGUGAUUACUAAAUUGUGGUUAAACUAGUAACCGUUACGUUACUCACGAUGAUUUUGAAAAGCUUGAGUAAAGAUAAUAAUGUUCGGAAGAUGAUUAUCUUUAAUCGUGAGUAACUUUAACCGGCUCUAUCAGAAAAAGCACCAUGAUGGCAGCGCUUGCAUAUGAUUGCUCAACUGCAAUAAUUAACCAGCUGAACGUUGUUUUGUCUACUAAAGAAUUUUUCUGGUAUUACUAUACUCUUUUAAAGAUUAAUGUAUAAUUUUAUAAUAAUAAUUUUUCUAUUAAAAAUGAUUACGCGGAGUUACAAGAAUAAAACGAAGGUGAAAAGAUCGUGGUGGUCUGAGGAAGAAACAAACUUGUUGUUGAAUUUGUUAAAAGAUGAAAAGAUAUGGAAGACUAUUUGGACGAGGUUGAUUAGUUUUCCAGAAAGUUGGAUCUUUGAAGGGCUAAGUUAAAUAUAUUAAACACGAUGAAACAGGUAAAGAAACAAUUCAUUUUGUUUCGCGUUGUCAUAAACAUUGUUAUUUGGAAAAUGUUGCGGAUGAAGUUGUUAACAAUGAUGCUCUGAAAGAUUGUACUGCAAUGGAUGAGAAUGGUAAAUGUACUAUGUGUGGUUACUUAUGGAAUAAACAUAAACAUAUAACGUAUGAAAUUAAUCAUACACUUAGCUAUGUUCUAUUGAGAGAACAUACUGAUGAAAAAGAAAAUCGUAUUUUCAAAUUAAAACAAGAGCAACAAUUAGUAAUUGAUAUAUGUACAAAGCUAUCAUUGUUUUCGAAAAAAUAUUCAAUAAUACCUUAUAAUGACGAUAUAAUUGAAUAUAUCCGAUAUUUUAUUCUCGAAGAACAAACAAAACAAAAUGUUGGUUCACAAAACAAACACAUAAUUGAUGGUCUUGAGCAAAUGAUUAAUGAUUAUCAAACAACAAAUUGA